AAAGUAUCUAAACUUAUUAGGUGGAUUCUUUUAUAUAAGUACCUCAAUUACUUCAACAAUUUUUGUUUGUUAUUAUAACAAAAGUAAAGUACAACAAGGCAAAGCAUAAGAGAAUAUUAAAGAGCAUUAAGUGAGAAAGAAAAAUGGAGGUGGAAAACUUUGUGAAUCCGUUGGGAACCCUUCAAAUGGUCUCCAUAUUGAGUUGCAUGAGAUCAAUGAGUGAUGUUCUCUACGCGGAAAAUUUCCUUAAGGAAUCUGACAUCCAUAAACCGAUUGCAACAGUAAAUGCCUUGUAUCACUUUCUUCUGGACAACAAUGAUUCGAAUCUGAACGAAAGGAAACUUUACAUAGCCGGAAAGGUGGGAACCAGUUGCAAACUAAAGGGAGCUAGAGAUCCCAAUGUUGUCAGCAAAGUGUUGAAUCAUGUCAUUGAAUCUACUGUAUUUGACAAAUACGGCAGUAUUGAAGGUUUCAUAGCAUACAGUUCGAUGUCUUCUUCAGACUAUUCACUUCGAUUACCACAACAACUUAAGGAGACGUUGCAUAGAGUGGGUUUUCAAAACGAAAAAGGCGAAACAUCAUAUCUUGAUACUCUUGCAGUGGAACAAAUAUUUAACGAUUUGAUCCAACCGCUGAUACCAGAAAAUAAAAGAAAAUCAUCGAAACCAAGAAAUGGUAGAUUACGCACAAAGCGAUCUCCGUUGAUUCGUAAUUUAAUAGCAAGAGCAAAAAAUAUGCAAUCAGCCGUUAAAUUUGCAAUAACAAGUAACAUCAAAUUGUCAGAAACGGUUAUUAUCAACGAACUAUCAAAAUAUGCUUUCCAGGAACCAAAGCAAACAGAAUUUAAUUUUGUCAAAGACUGGGCGAACACUAAAUUCCAGAAGAUUCCCCCAUGGGCCGAAGAAUUAAAAAUAGAACUUGCUGAUGACUUCUACAAAUUAAAAUAUUUCGAAGUGAUGGGCAAUAAAGAUUUAACCGCCGCUGAUGCAACGAAGAAAAUCGACACUCUGUAUCCACUCAAAGAGAAUGCUGAUAUUAGGAAAAUUCUACCAGUUGACAAAGUAUUAAAGGACUUCAAGAGACUCGAAGCUUUCAAGGAAAUGCGAUUCGAAGAUUAUUAUGCUCUUAGAUGGUACGGCGACGAUGGAUUUGUGAAAAUGCACAAACCCUCAGAUCAGGAAAGAAGAAUGAAAAACGCCAUUUACAGAUUGGCAAUCAGACAAUUCGAGACGCCUGGCGAACAAUUCGCUCAACAGUUAUUUAGAGGAGAAUCUAGAACCACUGCAGAUAUUGAUCAAGUACUUGCAGACGAAAAGAAGGAAUUUGAAUUCAAUAGAUUUACAUCAACGUCUACUGACAUAAACAAGGCUAUCGAAUAUUCCCAGAACACUUUAGCUGGUCAAACUAGAGUUCUCUAUAAAAUGAAUUUUGCUGAACCAAUAAUAAGAGCUAAAGCUAAUCAUUUGCUAAUUAAGGACGAAAAUGAAACGAUUUUGCUUCCUGGAACUAAAUUUCAUAUUGAUAGCGUAGUGGAGAAUACUAAAGAUUGCGUUAGCCAAUCGGGAGAUGAAAUAAGGUGUAUCAUCGUUACACUUUCGUCUUUGGAAAAUAAAUCGAUGAUUUUAGAACGUGAAAAGAGUAUCAUGAAGAAGUUAAAAGAAUUGGCUCAAGAAAAAACGAUAUACUAUGUUGACCUGUGAAUCAAAAAUUACUUAUUGAGAGUAAUUUUAUAAAACUUAAUUUGUUAAAAAACAAAUUGAACGCGAGGAAAAAAAGUAUAGUUUUUAAUUUUUAUAUGUA